AUGGUUGAAUUACACAAGAAACGACGCCUCUCGGGCGACGAGAGCCCGGAAGUAAAAGUAGAGGCCACUACACCCGCCGCCGAGGCUUCAGCAGCACAGAACAAGAGAACUCUUUUCGUCCGUUCACUACCCACCUCAGCCACGACAGAGAGCCUCGCAGAAUAUUUCUCGCAGUCCUACAUUAUCAAGCACGCUGUUGUCGUCUGUGACAAAGAGACAAAAGUGUCCAAGGGAUUCGGUUUCGUUACAUUCGCCGACGUCGAGGAUGCGGAGAGCGCUUUGAAGGAACUUAACGGGUCCAAGUUUGACGGGAAAAUCAUUCGCGUCGACUAUGCCGAGUCUCGUAAGCGUGAGAUUGAUGAGAAGAUUGGACGCAGUGUCCCCACUGCUGCGUCUCGCGAGAUCAAGAAGCAUAAGGAAGAGGAGAGAGGGCAGGGCCUGCCACCCAAGCUGAUUGUUCGCAAUCUGCCGUGGAGCAUCAAGGAGCCAGAGGAUCUGAAUGUCCUGUUCCGCAGCUUUGGAAAGGUCAAGUAUGUUACCCUCCCGAAGAGGAAUGGCAAACUUUCUGGUUUCGGUUUCAUUACCAUGCGUGGCAGGAAGAACGCCGAGAAGGCGCUCCAGAUGAUCAACGGAAAGGAGAUUGAUGGACGUCAACUCGCUGUCGAUUGGGCUGUUGAGAAGGAUGUUUGGGAAACUACCAAGAAAGAAGACGACGAGCAGGAGGGACAGAAGGAAGAGAAAGAGUCUGGUGAUGUUGAGAUGGAAGAUUCCGAGGGUGUCUUGGAAGAGCCUUCAGACAACGAGACCUCUUCUGAUGAAGAUGACGAUGACGAUGAAGACAAGGAUCUGGAUGAGCUGGAUGAGCUGGACGAGGAUGAGGAAGACGAGGAGGAGGAUGACCGAAACGCCACUACAAUCUUCAUUCGCAACCUCCCCUUCACUGCGACAGACCAGACCCUCUACGACCAUUUCAAAACUCACUUUGGACCACUACGGUACGCACGCGUGGUCCUGGACUACGAGACCGAGCGCCCUCGAGGCACUGGAUUUGUCUGCUUCUGGAAGCCUGAGGACGCCAACACAUGCAUUCGUGAAGCCCCCCGAGGAGCGGAAGCUAUGGCCCCCAACAAGGAGAAGCCCAAGUCUAGCACCGCCAUGAAGCACUCCGUCCUCAACGAUGAAAAUUCCGACCCAAGCGGCCGCUACACCCUGGAAGGCCGCGUCCUACAAGUCGCACGGGCCGUGAGCAAGGGCCAAGCCAGCAAGCUGGAAGAGGAGGGAGCAUCACGCCGUCUGGUCCGCGACACAGACAAGCGACACCUAUACCUCCUUAACGAGGGUACGAUCCCCUCCAACUCCCCACUGUACAAGAAGCUCUCGCCCUCCGAAAUCAAGAUGCGUGAGGACAGCUACAAGCAGCGUGAGACCUUCAUCAAGAAGAACCCAGCUCUCCACCUCAGUCUCACCCGUCUAGCCAUCCGUAACCUCCCCCGUCACAUCGACUCGAAGGAAUUGAAGCAGCUUGCCCGAGAGUCUGUCGUCGAAUUCGCCAAGGAUGUCAAGGCAGGCAAGCGCCAUCCGCUCUCAAAAGAGGAGCAGCAGCGAUCCCGCGAUACGAUGAAGGAGCUAGAGCAGCUGCGCAAGCAGAAGAAGAUGGGUAUUGUGCGUCAGGCCAAGGUUGUCUUCGAGACUCGCGAGGGUACCAAGGUCUCCGAGAAGACCGGUGGUGGUCGCAGUCGUGGCUACGGAUUCAUCGAGUUCUUCACUCACCGUCACGCGCUAAUGAGUUUGCGCUGGCUGAACUGCCACUCCAUGGCAGUUCCUCCUUCUACCCAAACCCCCGAGGACCGGGACAAGAAGAAGAGCCUCGUUGUUGAGUUUGCCAUUGAGAACGCCCAGGUGGUUAAGCGCCGCAAUGAGCUGCAGGCGAAAUCCCGCGAGCCCAAACGUGAGGAUUAUGCUGAGCCAAAAGGAGAUAAGAAGAGGAAGCGCUCCGAUACUCGUGAUGGUAAAGGAAAAGAUGGACGGGAUGGUCGAAAUGGUAAAGAUGGUAGGGACGCGAAGCGUGGCAAGACUGGAAAUGGAAAUGGCGCUAAAAGUGAGAAAGUGAAUGAAGAGGAGGACAAGGCCGCGAAGCGCAACCGCAUUAUCGGACAGAAGCGCAUGAAGCGCAAGUCCCGUAAGGGGAAUUAA